AUGGACAAACUCGAUACGGAAACCCAUCUACCACUCACAGGACGUCCGUCCUAUGGACCGAGGCGUAGAAGCCGCCGAUUCGGUCUCGAGGUCUACGUCGACGUCCGCGCAAUCCCGCUCUUAUACCUCCUCUACGUGGCAUGGGCGUUUCUAUUGAGCGGCAAAGUGUUUGACACGUUUGAUCGGUGGGCAGAGGUCAUCGAGAGCAGCAAAUGGUACCUCGACAUCUUCCACCCUGUCGAGCUGCAUAACUAUGGGAGAUGUGUGCAGCCAGAGGGGCUUGUACCCAGCAACCGUGCUCUUGUCGACACAAUCUAUGCCGAUUUUUGGAACGAAGUGUUUCAGAACAAGAGUGCAGAAUUACUGGGUGCUGCUGUCCAGAUAGAGACCGAAUCUUACGACGACCUUGGGGAGGUUGACAAGGAUCCGCGAUGGGAGGAGAAGUAUGCACCAUUACAUCAAUGGCUUGAAGGCGCAUUUCCCCACGUAUACAAAGCACUUCAGGUGGAGACGGUCAAUACCUGGGGUCUAGUCUAUACAUGGCAGGGCAGCGAUCCCUCAAUCAAGCCCAUCCUUCUCGCCGCCCACCAGGACACUGUUCCCGUUGAUCGCAAGACGAUGUCAGAAUGGGUGCAUCCGCCCUUCUCCGGGUACUACGACGGCGACUAUAUCUGGGGCCGAGGCACAUGCGACGACAAAGAACAACUCGUUGGUGCGUUGAUCGCCUUGGAGCUUCUGGCAAAGCACGAAUUCAAGCCCACACGUACUAUUAUCCUCGCCUCUGGGUUCGAUGAGGAGAUCAGCGGUAUGCACGGCGCGCGCACGAUUGGUGAGUUGCUCCUUGGGCGAUAUGGAGAAGAGGGGAUCGCGUUUGUCAUCGAUGAGGGUGCGGGUUAUGGAGAUCUGCUGGGGAGGACGGUCGCUGUCCCAGCGAUUGGGGAAAGGGGGCAUGUGGAUGUUAAGGUCCAGGUCAACUACAAGGGCGGGCAUUCCAGUGUCCCGCCGGGGAACACAGGAAUUGACAUCCUCUCGGAUAUGGUGCAUACUCUGAACCGCAACCCGCCAAAGGCGUUCCUUUCCCAGAAGAACCCCUUCUACGAUACCCUCCAAUGCCUCGCCGCCUACUCGCCCGACCUGCCAGACUCAGUCAGGAAAGACAUCAUCCGGUCUUCCAGCUCUUCGUCAGCGCUCAAGCGAGUGACGAACUGGGUGUUGGGGUUGCCCAGUGGGCCUCUGAGCCCCCUUGGGGGAACCUUGAUCAGGACGACACAGGCUAGUACUGUCAUCCAAGGCGGUGUCAAAGUGAAUGCCUUGCCAGAACAGUCGUAUGUGUUGAUCAACCAUCGUAUUGUUCCUGGAUCGUCAGUUGCCCAGGCGCAGGAUCGCAUCUCCUCACUCCUCACUCCUACAGCUGAAGCCUAUAAUCUCUCCCUUUCCGCAUUCGGCAAAUCUGUCAUCCCCAGCACAGGCAAGGAAGGUUCAGUCUUCAUCGGCGAAGCGUUUUCUCCCGGCUUGGAACCUGCACCCAUCACCCCGCAAGCAGCCGAAUGGCGCCUCUUCGGCGGUACGAUCCGAGCUGAGUGGGCAAAGCGCGGCCCCUCGCUCAAGAGUGGCUCGGACGAGGAGAUCAUCGUCGCUCCUGGAGUGAUGAACGUCAACACUGACACGAGGCAUUAUUGGAAGCUCACGAAGAAUAUCUUCCGAUAUGCGCAUCUCGACCCCAAGGGGAUGUAUAAUGGCCUGCAUACUGUUAACGAGGCGAUCACCUUGGACAACUUCUUGGGACAUGUGCGGUUCAUGGCGCUUCUAAUCUUGAACUCGGACGAGACUAGGACUUUCUGAGGCGUCUUUGCAAGGGUUUGAGGGGAAUUAAUAACAAUUGUAUUACAAGAGAC